UUGCUGCUGCUGCCGCCUCCCGACCGGCCCUCAGUUGCCUACCUGUCAAGUGCGCGCCAGCCAGCAGGGAACGGACUCGCCGCGUGCCCCGCCGGGAUAUUGUUGGAUCUUCCUAACUUGUGAGUGUUGUCAAUCGGGCAUGAGCGUCGCCUCCGCCCGCCCUCCCCCGCCGCACCUCCCGUCCGCCGCCGCCAUGGAGCAGGACGUCAAGGACAGCAAGAUGGAGGUGUCAGCUGAGCAGGUGGAGCAGGCGGUAGUGGAGUUCUACCGGGACCCGGUGGCCAAGAGUGGUCUGAACACAUGGUUGAUGCAAGCACAGCACUCUCGCCACUCAUGGACCUUUGCUUGGCCUCUGCUGGACCAGAGAAAGCCCGAGGAAGUGCAAUUCUUUGCUGGAAACACUGUGUACAUGAAGGUGUCAAGAUACUGGCAUGAAGUCCCCAAAGAAGAGUAUGAACCUCUGAAAAUCAAGAUUCUCAACCUUUUAGUUCAAUAUAGCAGUUCGAAAGUGAUAUUAAACAGACUAAUAAAAUCAUUAGGGGCAUAUGUGAUCCACACCAUCCAGUCAGAGUGGACGACAGCGAUACAAGACAUCAUCAGCAUGUUUGACCCAGGAACGGUGUCAGGCCUGGAACCUUCAACAGCCCUCAACCUACUAUUCAACAUACUUACUGUAAUACCCGAGGAAUUGGAAUCAAUGCAUGAAGCCAUGAGUGUAGUUAGCAAAGAUAAGCAGAUCAUCACUGGCAUCAUUAGAAAUAACCAUCAAGCAGUGCUGAACCUGAUAUCCCAAGUAAUGCAAGCCAGUCAAGUGAGUAAUGUGAUAAAGGAAGUGGUGCUAAAGACACUCAAUGCCUGGCUCAAGCUGUCCCUUCCCCUCUCCGAGACAAGGGAGCUUUUGGUGGCACUCAUACCUUACUCCAACUACGCUCUUCUAUGUGAACCUGUGAUGGAUGCUAUUCGGACUGCAGUGACAGAUGUGGGCACCUACAACAUUCCAAAUACAGUAAUGGACUUUGUCACACAAAUGCUUGGUCUUGCCCCUGUUCUUGAAGAAGCACAACAUGCAAAUGAUGAGAACACAGCGUCACUGAUCUACAGCCUUUUUACCUCUGUGGUUGAGUGUCACUCAAGGCUGCUUCUUCAACACGCCCUUCAGCCUGAGCACCGAGCAACAGUGGUCCAGGUGGUGGCACUGCUGCUCCAAUGUGCUGCCACCCCUGGCCAGUAUCCCACCGAUGAAACUACCUCCAACAUUCCCUUUGCCGUGUGGUUCACUAUCCAGGAUGACAUUUUAACCUUUGAGGGUGAGCAGCAGGCUGAGCUACUAACUAUAUUCCAACCAGUGUACCUGAAAUUGGUUGAUACGUUCAUCUUGAAGUCACUACUGCCUCCAGAUAAUGCCUUGACCUCAGAGGAAAAGGAAAUGUUUCGUUGUUACCGGCAAGACAUCUGUGAUACUUAUAUGUAUGCGUAUUAUGUAUUAAGAGGAGACAUGCUAAGUCAUCUAGAAGUGCACCUGAAAGAUGCUGUCGUAAAAAUGCAAAGAGAUCCCAGUGAUUGGAGAUACUUGGAAGCAGUAUUACAUGCAUAUUCAUCUGUGGCAGAAACAGUGGCUGAGACAGACAACUUUUAUGUACCCCGUUUCAUCCAAAGCAUACCUCAGAUACCAUUUUCUGAUAACAUCCAGCUGAUCUCUGUGGCCCUCACAACACUAGGAGCUUAUGCAGACUGGCUGAACUACCACCAGGACCACAUGCAUCAUGUCAUUCCCCUGAUGGUGGAAGGUCUGGUCAAUGCCUCCCUGGUUGGGGCAGCCUCACAGGCUCUGCGGGACCUUACGCUAGAAUGCCCACUCACAAUAUCCCCCUUCUCACAACCUAUUCUCACUAGUUGCCAAAGAGCUUUAGAACAGAGUCGACUUGACAGUGCAGAAACUGAGCGCAUCAUGACAAUCAUCAGUCGAGUGCUGUCGGUGGGUAAAGACCAACCCACAAUCAUGACCUACCUCAAUGCCACCCUCACUCCAUACAUCUCCCGUCUAAGUCACCUCAAGGAUCUCAUGGGAAGCGGUUUAUCAAGAGAACAGCACGGUGAGCUGGUCUCUCUCCUCAAGCUCUUGUCCUGCCUUGCUCGCCAUCUCAACCUCAACAACUCUUCCCUAGAAGAUGAGGAUGAUGAUGAAGGAGCCGCUUGCAGGCAUUCACAGGUACUGAGUGGAGAACCCCAGCCAUUACUUUUGGUUCUACAGCAGUUGAUGCCCCUCUUAUCAGACAUUGCAGUGAAGGCUCCUACUGAUUCAGAAAUAAUUGAGACGCUGUGCAAGUUACUGAAGAACAGCAUAGGAACGCUGCUAGAGGAUUGUGUUGCAAUCCUGCCAGCAAUGUUGGAAAUUAUACCUCAGAUUUAUGAGGCAUCCCUCAAUUCAUCAUUACUAGAUCUAGUUAAACAGCUUGUUGUCCUGUUUGGCCGUGAUGGCAAUCAGGAAGCCAACAUGAGUGUGCUGUUGCGCAUGAUCACCACUACCACUCUUAGUAGAGUAUCAGCAGAUCUUUGGAACCACACCGAUACUGUCCAUGGCUGCCUGGCACUGCUAGGCACCACCUUCAAGAAGACACCUCACCUGCUCACUGCCCACCACAACCAUCUGGCACCACUGUUUCACCUAGGUGUUGAGGCGUUGAAGUUACCCGAAGAAGGCACAGUCAGAAGUGCUGGUAUUUUCCUGGCAGCCUUUAUAAACAUGAGUAGAGAUCCAGCUGGAGGAAGUUUGCAGCCAGUAGUUGCUCACAAUGCUGAAACCCUCGUCAAAACGUUAAUGUUUUGUAUUUGCAACUCUCCACGCCAUAGUCUGAGCAGCUUUAGUGAUGUGCUUAGUGCUUUGUGCAAGAUGUAUGGUGACGACCUUGCCCGCACCUUCAAGAGUAUCCAGUCAGAAGAAACCUUCCUAUCACCUCGAGUUACAACACAACAAAAAGAAGACUUUGCUAAGAAAGUUUUAAAGAACAGAGGGAACAAGCGUAGAAUCUUAGAGGCUGUUACUGAUCUGGCACUAAUAGGACGAGGAUUAGCAGGAACUGAUUAUGGGGCUCAGACGAGAGGGUUCCACUGAGAGGAUGGAUGGCUGCUCUAGCUGCUGCAACCAUCUUCACUCCAGGAAAGGUUUUAACACCAGUGUUCCUUAUGUAUUUAUAUCCAUGUUCCUUUGUAUCUAACCUGUAUAGUUAGUCACAUAUAUUUGUUUUGUAAAGAAAAUUUAAAGGAUUGGUUACAGUUUAGGAUCAAAGUAUCAAGUUGUUUCAUAAUUUAAGUAAACUGUUGACUAUUAUUUUUUCACAAACAAUAUUUAAAGAAGACUUUUAAAUCUAACUGGUUCAUAAUAUUUCAAUGUCUAAUUUUCAAGCUGCAUAUUGUUGCUUUUGAAAUAAAUCUGUGUGCAAGAAGAAAUUGAAGAUUUGAGCUCUUGAUGACAUCUACCUCUUACUAGAUAUUUACUUUGAUAAAUUAUUUGUGCAGUAAGUAGGCAAAGCUUGAGCAAGUUUUGUCAUGUCUCAUUCUAAUAAUGCUACUCAUUAAGUUGAAUAGGGUGCACAGUUGUAGCCCACCAAGAAGCCAUGAAGGCAUUCCUAACAUUUACCGGUAGCUGAAGAAGAGGGCCAGGUCAUCCACAGAUGGUGGUGUGUCUUAAAAGAUUUAUGCCUCUUCUCACACUGUUAGGUGACUGCAUACUUCUUGUGGCUUGGGAGAUGGGAAGAGAAGUGGGCUCGUUUUUCUGUUUUGUUGAAUACAUUUAAUGUUCAUGUUAAACAAAGUGGAAAGAAGUAAGGAGUCACAAAGCUGUAUUAUAAGCUGGUUCCAUUAAGUGAUCCAUAUUGUGAUUUGCUUUGACCUUGUAUCAGGGUGUUUAGGAGUAGACCACUGAUAACAUAACCAGUGAUAAGUUAGUAUUUUUUACUCGUGUUUAAGUUCUUCCCUCUUACCAAUGAACAAAGUUUUUUUUUUUUUUGUACAAAUUAGUAUGCUGAAAGUAUAGCAAAUUGUAAAACAUAGAUUAAGUUAUAUUUUGGUCCAGUCUUACUUUCCUAAAAUAAAUAUAUAUAUGACAAA